GGAAGCGGAACCGCCGUGGCCGGGACCCCAGCGCGACCUGGAGCCCAUCGCGGGGCCGUGGGACGGCGGCGGAGCGCGGCCAAGCCUGGGGCGCCAGUGAGACGAGGCUCCGGCCGGUGGCGUUGAGGCCCAACGGGGAGCCGGUGGCCCCGGGACCGCGGCCGCGGUGUCCGAGGAGCUCGGAGAAGAGCGUCGCCGCCGGGAGCGGGGCUGCCGCCGCCAGCAAAGCUGGGCGGGCCGCUGGGGUCCGCGGUGGUUGUUGGGCGCGCCGGCCUCCUCCCGAGCUGGCGGGUCCGGGGCGCAGCCUGGGGGUGCCUGAGGCUGCGGGCGCCGGAAGACCCGAGGCAGCCGCGGGCGAGAGAGCCGGAGCGCGGAGGCUGCGCCGCGGCAUUGAUGCUGCAGGAUGACAGUGAAACUGGGAGAGAGCAGUGGGGAGGAAGGGGUGAAAAAGCUGGGCAAGAGAGCAGGAGGAGAUGAGGAGUCCCUGGAAGAAGGGGCAGGAGGAGGAGGAGAGGCAGCUCCGGGCAGCAGCAACACAAAGAAAGAAGAGAAGAUUAUUAACAACAACACUAACAGCAGCCCCCCACCAAACCCCAGCUUGUCGCAGGCCCCGGCCUCCCUCCAGCCCUCCCACAGCCAUGACCAGCAUCAUUUUCUCAGGUCCAGUGUCAGACCUCAGAGCAAGAGGCUGAAGAAGGAUUCCCAGGCAUCCUCCUCAGUUGGCAGCAGCACUGCUGCAAAAGGCAAAGCAUCAGAUAAUGGUGGGACUGCAUCUGGUGGUACAUCAGGAAUUCCUCCCAACAAUCCUGCUGGGAGUUCCAAGUCAGCAGCAAGGAACCUGAGCUCCUCAGCUGGAGAGAAGGAAGAAGGGAAGAAGGUCAGACGGCAGUGGGAGUCGUGGAGCACAGAAGACAAGAACACUUUCUUCGAGGGACUGUAUGAGCAUGGGAAGGACUUUGAAGCUAUCCAGAACAACAUUGCCCUGAAGUACAAGAAGAAAGGCAAACCAGCAAGCAUGGUGAAGAACAAGGAACAGGUUCGCCAUUUCUACUACCGCACCUGGCACAAGAUCUCAAAGUACAUUGACUUUGAUAAUGUGUUUUCUCAAGGGCUGAAAAAAUCCUCCCUGGAGCUUUAUGGCUUAAUCUGCUAUGGGGAGCUAAGGAAAAAAAUUGGGGGAUGUAUGGAUGACAAGAAUGCAUCUAAACUCAAUGAGCUCAUUCAGGCUGGGGCAACGACUGUUCGUUACAAAGGCAGAAACCUCCGUAUCAAAGCUCCAAUGUGCAGAGCUCUGAAGAAGCUCUGUGAUCCAGAUGGCGUGAGUGAUGAAGAGGAUCAGAAGCCAGUACGUCUUCCUCUCAAGGUCCCUGUGGAGUUGCAGCCACGAAAUAAUCAUGCAUGGGCUCGAGUACAGAGUCUUGCCCAGAAUCCACGACUUAGAAUGAUUGUGGAGUUACAUCGGAAGGUGUCCAGCCUCAUUGAGUUUCUGAAGCAGAAGUGGGCCCUCCAUGAAGUGCGUAUUCGUAAAACACUAGAAGAACAGCAGCUUCAAGACUCCAGAGACUCAGAAACAAGAGGCACCUUCUCAGAGGAGAAAGUGAUGCUCCAUCUCUUUCCAGGAGAGAACUGUACACUCACUCCACUGCCUGGAGUGGCCAGAGUGGUCCACUCCAAGGCUUUCUGCACAGUGCAUUGGCAGGAAACUGGCAAAUGCAAACAGAACACGAAAGACUCUCACUUACUACCCCCUGCACAAAUCCUAGGCAUCCAGAGUGGUCAGGGGACAGCGAGAGGACAGCUAAAAUACACACGGGGAGCAGAAGGUAAGGGUGUUGGAAGGGUAGAGAGCACUACAGAGUCAAGCAGAACCUCUCAGCCCACAGCUGAAGUUUCUGCAAGCACUGAAGAUGGUACCCUGGAGCCUGGCUUGGUGGAAGGAACAGCCUCAAAUCUUGGCAUCACUAAUUCUCUCCAAAAACCACCUUCUGGACUUCAAGAUCCAGGGGGAAACCACGAAAAACUGAGCUCAGUGGCCUUCUGUAUGGAGAGCAAGGAGGCCCUGGCUAGUGACCAAGCAACUGUGCUACCAUCGUGCAGCACAGGUUGUACUUGCAGUAAGAUCCCUGAUGUGGAGGAACUCUCUCUGCUCGAUCCAUUCCCACGGUACAUGAAGUCCUGUCAGGACUUGAUCGUCCCAGAGAAAUGUUCUUGCAUGGAUAAAGUCCAUGGGAAAGACUCUACUCCAGCAGCUGGUGACACUUCUCCUGUGGCUUUUCCAAGUGUGAGGAGCACAGAGACAUCUGACUUGUACUCACAGCUACUGAGAGGUGGUGUGGCUUCCCCUGGCAGUGGCCCGUCCAGAUAUGAAACUCAGGCUAGCCACAGCCAGGGUCAGCAGCUUGAUACUUGUACCAAGGAUAUAAUGGAUGCAGCAAUGGAGGAUUCUCAAGAAAAGCUGGGCUCCUCAUUUCCACCUCCACCUCAGGGACAAUCUAGUACAAAGUCUCUCAAGGAUGACCCAAGCCGGCUCUCUCAACAGGUUAGAGAAGAAGGAUGGAGUCUACGAACUUCUGAGAGCCUCACACUGGCUGAAGUCUACCUCAUGAUGGGCAAACCGAACAAGUUGCAGCUGGAAUAUGACUGGUUGGCUGUCUUGGAGCCAGAAACCCAGGAUGCUAGGGAGCAAACAUCAGAGUCAAGUGCUGUUCCUGCAUGCACCACUUUUCACAAGCAGAGACUCCUAAACUGCCUUCUAAAACUCAUCUCUACUGAAGUCAAUCCCAAACCAACACCCGAGAUGAGCUCAGUUGCCACGUCUCCUAUAAAGCCUGCUCAGGAGGAGCAGUCACUGACUCCUCCAGGGAAGGUCAUUGCCAUCAGCACCAGGAGUCCCGGUUGUGCACGCAAUCAAUCUGCCCUUCGCAACAACAAGACUUUUUCUCCUGGUACUACUUCCAGCUCCUCAGGUUUGAGAAACCUCCCUAGACCUCUCUUGGUGGCUGGUCCUUCAAGUUCUGGAAGCACUGAUGCGGAUGGUGAACUCUUUGCAGUUCCUACAACUCUGCCACCCAACAGCCGCCACGGGAAGCUGUUCCUGCCCAGCAAGGAGGCAGAGCUGACCUUCCGGCAGCACUUGGAUACAAUCAGUAUGCAGUCAGACUUCUUCUUACCAAAGCCAAGGAAGUUACGGAACAGACACUUGCGGAAGCCCUUAGUGGUACAGAGAACACUGCUCCCCAGGCCAUCCGGAAAUCCGUCCCAGCACGUCUGUUCCUUCUCUAUCUUAUCCAACUCAUCCAUUACAGGGAGAGGUUCAUUUCGGCCAAUUCAGUCCUCACUGACUAAAGCUGCUGUUUCUCGUCCAAUUGUGCCCAAAGUUCUUCCAACACAGGCUACCAACCAUCUGUCUAGUGCUAUUGACUUGGCAGCUAAAAGUGCUGGUAUCAUCCCUGGUAGCCCUGUGCCUGUCCUGGAUGCAGAUGGUUUGUCAGGAGUGUCACCAUUGUCACCAGAUGGAGUGACCACGGUGGUACCAGGGCAGGAGUCAGCAGCAGCACAGCAGAACAGAGGCUCCAUCACCACUGUAGAGGGCUCGGGCCCUGGGUGUCGGGUUCCCUUCAUCAGCCUGCCAGCACAGCAAGAGCAGGAGGCAGUUCCUGAUGGUUUCCAGGGCACAUCAGUUCUUUCUCUGUCAGAACUGCCCAAGACUCCCCUCCAGAAUGGUCUUUCCACCCCUCCACUUCCCUCAUCAGAGGCUUCCAGCACUCGGCUCUCUCCUCCCAAUGUUUCUGCUCUCUUGGAUAUUUCUCUGCCUGGACCUCCAGAAGAUGUGCUUUCUCAAGGAGAACCUGCCACUCAAAUCAGUGACUCUAUAAUUGAAAUAGCUAUCAGCUCUGGUCACUACAGUGAAGGUGUUUCUCUCUCUCCUGCAAAGCUGAAUGGCAGUGACAGCUCCAAAAGUCUUCCGUCACCAUCCAGUAGUCCUCAGCAGAACUGGAUUGCCUCUCCCAGCCACGAUCCUCAGUGGUACCCCAACGACUCCACAGACUCCUCUCUCAGCAGCUUGUUUUCAAGUUUCAUCUCCCCUGAGAAGGGACGAAAAAUGUUGCCAACUCCAGUUGGGACCACCAGUGGCACCUCCUUACUGGGACCCAGCCUUCUGGAUGGAAACUCACGGGACUCUUUUGUGUCACGGUCACUGGCAGAUGUGGCAGAGGUGGUGGAUUCACAGCUGGCUUGCAUGAUGAAUGAGAACAGCAUAGAUUACAUAUCUCGUUUUAAUGACCUUGCCCAGGAACUAUCAAUACCUGAGCCAACCCGCAGGGAGAUCCUGUUUGAUGGAGGAGGUGGUGGUCCCCCCAUUGGGGACCUCUCACAGUGAGUCCAGCACGCUGGUGGUGACUGUUCAGUUGAAUUUGGAUCUUGCAGUGCUGGAUCAUAGCAAGGGCAGGUCACACAGAAGCAGCUGAGGAUCAGUUAUCCCUGUCUUGUGCCAUUCUUUCUAAAAGAGGAGCAUUGUCUUCAAAGGUCUGAAGAAGUACUUGCAAGUCCUGGAAUGUGCAAUAUACUGGGAACAGCAAAACAUGAAAUAGUAUUACAGGAAAUGGUGUGACCCCUGCAUCAGUGAUACAAGAUGUCAGGUUUGUGGGACAGUACUGGAUUUCUACUUUGGAAUGGCCUCAGCAAGAAGGUCAAGCAGGGAAGGGUAUUGCCAGAAGCUCUCCCAUGUGAAUUAGAUUUUGUGUAGUGAUCAAAAUGCCAUGAUUUGGGAUCCACAUGGAAGUUACGGAGGAGGAAGGGUGGGAAUGGAUAUGGGAACCAUGGUGCAUCUUGUCAUGUCCUAGUUGACAUAUCAGUCAGUCUGAAACUGAAGUUUCUUGCACUCAUUUCAAGGGCCCUAUGACUUCAUGAUAACUUCAUUUUUAUAGACCACUCUGUUUCUUUGGCUGUGUGGUUUUGUUUAACCAUUCCAGCAGGUUCAUGUACCUGCUUUCAUGUUUCAUAGGGGAGCUCUGAUUCACCCUACUCCCAGACUGCAUGGAUCCUUGGGGAGUUUCCUCUAUUUUUAAACCCCAUGUGAAAAUUAUCAUUGUCCUGACUGCGCUCACAUUCUCCACCUUGAGAUUCUUCAUCACAUUGCACAGUUCAUCCCAUGAGUGGGAGAGUGCUUUCCUGUAUUCCCUGAAGAAUGGUUGCUUUUUAAUUCAGGGAUCACUGCAAAAGAGCUUACUGGAAUCACUAGGAAAGCUUUGUCAUAAUUAGGCUUGGCUUCUCUGGAAACCUGUGUGUAUUGCCAUCUUCCUUCACAAAAACUGAGGGUUUGCCUGGGAGAGGAAAUAGGAAAGAAUAUUUUAAUGCAUAGAAACAAAUAAUAUGUUAAUGCUAAAGUUGUUGAGAUCUGUUUUGUGUCACAAAGAGGAGAGGUGUCAAGUCUUAGCUUAAUCCCUUAGUCCUUCCUUAUUUCCUCCUUGUUCUUUGAAUUCCAGGUGCUCUGUAGUACCUCAGGGCAUCAUUUUUCAUGACAGUCACUCCCAGGCACUUGUGGAUCUGGGACUCCCUCUACUGAAUCCCUAUGCAUUGAAAGUGAGUGUUUUAAUAUUUGAAAGACCCAGAUCCUGAUAUCAGCUUGUUCAAAGGAAUAUAAAGUUACUUUUUCUACACUUGCUUGUCUGUCAGUCCUACCUUUGUAACUCAGGAGACUUUCCCUAUUUUCUUUCCUACCAGUCAUGAGAGAGAAUACCUUUAUUGUGCCAUUUUUUAAGCUCUUUUCUGCUUCUCCAGUAAGAGAAUCUCCCUUGACUGUUUUAAGUAGCUCUGAACUUACCCAAGGGGCUAGUCCUAUGUAAACCUCAACUUUAUAUUACUAGUAAACAAACAGAACUUCUCCAUUUCUUAGGCUAUUAUCAGGGGUUCAUUUUCCAAACUUGCACUAUACUUGGUGGAUGUAGUUCUGGCUGCCUUUAGCUACUUCUACAAGGCAUUGGUCUGGGAAUUUCUUCUUGGAUCCUUGCUCAUGAUGCAAUGAUAGGAUUUGCAGUUUUCCCAGUCACUUUACCCUGCUUUGUUUAGAUUUUUUUUUUUUAACUCCUAUAUAGUUUGCCUUUAUGCUUUCAGUCAUUAAAAUGCACCUUCUGUGUGGCCCAAGAGCAACCUUCAUGGUUUCACUCCAAAACUAGUGACAUCUGGAUGAUGUUCCAAGGCCCCACAUAUUGGGUUGCUACAUUCUCUUCAAAAUAGGAACCAUACAGAUGUGUAAAAACACCAUCAGUGCACUUGGAUGUACCCAGCAGAGAUACAAACCUCUAUCAGUGGCAAGAAAAUGAUCAUGACCAGAAGAACUGAGAAUUUCAAAUCUCGUACCUGUGGGCUAACUUCUGAUGUGGGAUAUGAAGUCAUACUGUCAUUAUUUCUCUUCCAUUAUUCUUUCAGAGCCUGAUUUGAGAAUUCUGAUGCAAAUAUCAGGAAGUCUUGUAAAGCUAGAAUAUUAAAAGUUGAAGGCUGUCAGAUGCGUUAAUGCUGAGGAUUCUAUCAUUCUGAGCAUCCACACUUGGUAUGGAGAAGGUUACCCAGUACUCUUAAGAGUCACUCCUAAAGCUUUUUUAGUUGCUGUAUUUAGCUCAGUCUUUCCCAGACUGUUUCUUGGUUUUGGCUUCUUUCAUUAGUAAUGCUGGUUAUCCUAUAUGCUGUACCUCCAAAAAUCCUUUGGACUUGCAGGACAGAGGUAGAGAGCUCCUACUGUGUGGCUGUGGUUACAGGACAUGCAGGAGGGAGUAUUACACAUUCUAAUCAAGUACUGUACACCAAAACCGAAACAACUCUGAACUCCUGUUCUUCUGAAUAUUGAAAGACCAGCCUGAAGGCCUCCAGUGUAUUUAGGUACCUUGACAAAUACUUCACAUUCUUUGUCAGUGCUGGUAAUGGAGUGGAUGUGACACUGGUUUUGAUCCUUGUGUUGCCUAGAUUAAGUGCCAGUGUUGCUGCACCUGGAUGGCAGAGAAGCCCCCCACUGUCUGUCAGGACUUUCCACCAUCUGGCACGGGGAGCUGAGAAGCUGCCCUUUCUCAGCCCCUGCAGCUGCCCUGGGGGAAAGACAUGAUUGCAGAAUGAAAUCAGUGUUAGUGGCUGUUUUUAAUGAUGCCAUGAGGUCAGAAAGCUUUCAUAUCCUGAACCUUUGCAAGUAGACUUGGACCACCAAGUAAUAACAAAGUGGAAAUUACAGGUCAGUUCAACACUGAGAACUGUGCAGUUAGAAAUGUGUUUGGCAUCAGCCUCUUAAAAGCUGUUAGUAUGAAACGGAAUUUUGUUUCAGAAAUGUAAUGCUUUGCAGACUGUGGUUUAAUAAUAAAGCCCUUUCAGGACAAGUAAAUCUUAUCAGGGAAAAACUUGAAAAUCACUUCAAUCAUUGUAGUCGUUUUGAAUUGAUGCAGAAUUCAUUAUUAUGUGAAAGGUCACUUAAACACACCUCUGAUUCCACCAGUGCUAGAUUGUAGUGGAUGUGCUUUACAAUACUGAUCAUCAGCAGUUUGUGCCUAAGUUUGCUGAGGGAGAAAUUGGGGGCAGGGGGUGUAGGAGAAGUGUAGGGUGUGAAUAACGGACACACACUCGUAUACACACACAUACAUAUCUCUGUGUGCACAUACAUUUAUGAUUUUGUAAAACACAAAACUUGUACGAUUUUUAAUAUUUCAGCUUCCCAACAGAAGUAACCAAAUCCAUGUGUGUACCCAUGGCAGCCUGUCCUAAGCAAACAUUCCAGCAGGUGACACUGAAAUUCAGGCAGGGAUGUUGUUGAGGGAAAUGUGAUUUUGUUGGCUCAAUAGCUUCUUGGGGCACUGUGAGGUGCUUGAAGAGGAGAAAUGGACACUUACAGCAUCCAGUUCUGGUAUUAAUUGCUCUAGGCUUUCACCUGUUGCUUCAGUGACUAUAUAUAAUAAGGUAGUUCAAGUGGUUCAGCAAGGUGAGUGGCAGAAAAGUCAGUAUUUGUUGUCAUCACAGUCUGGGUGAAAAGCAUCUUGAGUAUGACAUCCACCCACAUGUGCACUACCUGGGCUUUCUGCUGGGUGUUGCAUCCUGAUCACCCACACAAUUAAUGCUAUUCUUUAUCACUAAAUCUACUAAGUAUAGGAAUACUAACUGUUUUUACUAUGGCAUUAUUUAGCCUUUUCUUGACACCCCUCUUUAUAUUUCUGAAUUGAAUUAAAUGGCUUGAAUCAGAUCUAAUCUCUCAAGACAUGUCACUUACUGACUGUGCAGAUCCCAGAGUGGAAAUUAAGUUGCAUUUUGUUUUUUACACUCAGACUUCGGAUGCAUUUAUAAGGAAAGUACUGCACUUUUUUUUUAACCUUUUCAAACCUUUGAAUCUCUUAAUUUCACAGCAAUUUGUAAAUGUUAACUAAGUGAAACCUUGGCAAGCACUACGGCAAUAAGUUAUCAUUAGUUAUUGAAACAUGAUAACUGCUUUAGAGCUUAUGGUUCUGGCAGCAAAAUUUAAUGCUGUUUCUUUUAAUAAUAGUUAAGCCAUAUCAUCUAAGGUUUCUGGCUUGUUUCAGAUGUGAAUUUGUUUUAUAGAUUAUAAAUAUACCUAUAUAGUGUAUGUAUAAAGCAGAAUGCCUGUCCUUACCAAUUAUUUUUUGUACCAUAUUGUAAAUUAUAUUAUUUAUUCUUUACCAAUUUUGGAAAAAGGUGUUUUGGUUAUUUAAUAUAAUAUACAAAAGCUGUUAAACUUCUUCUGUUUAAAUUUCAAAUUCAACUUGUAAAGCUGUUUUUAUUAUUGUGCAUAAAUACAUACUAAUACUUGGUCUAACUUAA